AUGAAUUGCAUCAUCGAUGUCCCCAAUCUAGGAGACGCUGGACUGAUCGAUUCGACGGGCCUCGCUCUGACGCCCCGACAAGAUAUAUCUUACCAAUAUUCGUGGGUGGCCGCUGACACUCUGCGAAACCUUACACGAUCGACUAGUGGGCACACGCCCACGCUCGCCCACGUUCUUCUCAAUGAAGCUGCACUGAAUCGAGCUUCAGCGCUAGAUGACUGUUCCCAAGUACUUUCUACUAUCAUUCAUACUGCUAUUAAUAACUGGAUUAUCGCCGACGGCCCCGCACUGGUACGGCUGGAUCCUAACUCAGCGUUAUGA